AUGGAAGACGAGUUUCUUGAAUACAUUGGUAGAAAAUACAACGUAAAAAAGAACAAGGAUGGUUCAAUAACAGUGUCAAAGAGGGAGGAGACGUCUAGUUUCACAUUCAGUCCAAUGAAUGGUGAGACUACCAGUAACAAAUUUCUGUUUAAAAAGAAAGAAACAAAGGGAAUUGGACACGAUGAUUUGAAUCCCCCAAAUUUGGAUGAUCCGCUGACUGUGGGAAGAAAACAUAAAGGAAUGUUCAUUUCACCUGAAGAAAUAUUAAAGGAGACAAGGAAAAAGAAAGAUGAAAGCAGCAGUGACCACAAUCCAUACAUGAGAAAAGACCCAGUGUUACCAACAAAGAACAAAAAAGCAAGCAAACCAGACCCAGAUGACUAUAGGCCACCUGAUAUGCCAGACUAUUACAAAAAACACUGA